AUGACGACUGAUAUCGGAGUCAUCAGUUGGGAGAACCAAGAUGAUUUCGAGUAUGAUGGAGGCAACUCAUCUUCUCGUUUAUUCGAAAGAUCGAGAAUUCGUGCUCUUGCCGAUGAACGGGAGAGCGUUCAAAAGAAGACCUUUACGAAAUGGGUGAAUUCGCACUUAUUACGGAUGAACUCGCGCAUCGCGGAUCUGUACGUGGAUCUACGCGAUGGAAAGCAGCUUAUGAUGUUACUUGAGGUGCUAUCCGGAGAGUGCUUGCCGCGACCAACCAAAGGCAAAAUGAGGAUUCAUUGCUUAGAAAACGUAGAGAAAGCCCUCCAGUUCUUGAAAGACCAACGUGUUCAUUUGGAAAAUAUGGGACCACAUGACAUCGUCGAUGGGAGUUCGCGCUUGACUCUUGGUUUGAUCUGGACGAUCAUCUUGCGUUUCCAGAUCCAAGACAUCAUCGUGGAGGAGAUUGACAACAAAGAAACGAAAUCUGCCAAAGAUGCCUUGCUUCUGUGGUGUCAAAUGAAGACCGCUGGCUACCAGAACGUCAGCGUUAGAAACUUCACGACGUCUUGGCGUGAUGGCCUUGCGUUCAAUGCUUUGAUCCAUAAGCACCGACCCGAUUUGAUCGCUUUCGACAAACUUUCGAAAACUCAUGCCAUUCAUAACCUCAAUAGCGCAUUUAAUGUUGCCGAAGACAAGCUCGGACUUACCAAACUUCUCGAUGCCGAAGAUGUGUUCGUUGAGUGCCCGGAUGAGAAAUCCAUCAUAACGUACGUCGUCACAUACUACCACUACUUCUCGAAGAUGAAGGAAGAAUCAGUGAAAGGACGUAGGAUCGCGAAAAUUGUUGGGAUGGCCAUGGACACGGAACAGCAAAUGAUGGAAUACGAGCGUUUGACCUCCGAUUUACUCGCCUGGAUCCAAAGUACCAUCAAUGCCCUCGGCGAUCGCAAUUUCGCAAACUCGCUUCAAGGAGUUCAGCAACAGCUCACCGAGUUCAGCACGUAUCGUAACUUGGAAAAGCCGCCGAAAUUCGAAGAGAAGGGCAACCUGGAAGUCAUGCUGUUUACUCUGCAGUCGCAAAUGCGUGCCAACAAUCUCAAGCCGUAUUUACCGAAGGAAGGACGCAUGAUAUCGGACAUCAAUCGUGCAUGGGAUCGACUGGAGAAAGCUGAACAUGAGCGUGAACUGGCUUUGCGUGACGAGUUGAUCCGUCAGGAGAAACUGGUGCAACUGGCAGCAAGAUUCGACAAGAAGUCCGGAAUGCGUGAGACUUGGUUGAGUGAGAACCAGAGGCUGGUGUCGCAGGACAACUUCGGAUUCGACUUACCAGCUGUCGAAGCCGCGGCCAAGAAGCACGAGGCCAUCGAAACCGACAUCUUUGCUUACGAGGAACGUGUUCAAGCUGUGGUCGCAGUGGCUCAAGACCUCGAAGCGGAGAAUUAUUACGACAUCAACAGGAUCACGGCGAGAAAGGACAAUGUACUCCGUUUGUGGAAAUUUUUGUUGGAGCUGCUCCGAGCCCGUCGUAUGCGCCUGGAACUCUCGAUGCAGUUGCAGCAAAACUUCCAGGAAAUGCUAUACAUUUUGGAUUCCAUGGAAGAGAUCAAGGGUCGUCUUCUCAACGAAGACUACGGCAAGCAUCUCAUGGGCGUGGAAGAUUUGUUGCAAAAGCAUGCUUUGGUUGAAGCCGACAUCAACGUGCUUGGUGACCGAGUCAAGAUGGUUGUUCAGCAAAGCCAGCGAUUCUUGGAUGAAGAAACCACCGAGGGAUACAAACCUUGCAAUCCAGAACUUCUUGAAGACCGCUUGCAGAAACUCCAGCGAGCGUAUGAGGAACUUGUCAGACUGGCAGUGGACCGCAGAGCUCAUCUUGAAGACAGCCGCCAGCUGUGGCAAUUCUACUGGGAUAUGGCUGAAGAAGAGUCCUUUAUCCGCGAAAAGGAACAUAUUCUGGCCACUGGUGACAUUGGUCACGACCUCAUGACGAUCCACCUGCUUCUCUCCAAGCACAAAAUGCUCGAGGACGAGCUCAAUACUCACGAGUACCAACUCGCAGCCGUCAUCCAGUCUGGCGAAGAACUAAUGCAGCAUAACCACUUCGGGUCCGAUAAAAUCGAGGCCCAGAUCCGGGAAAUUCAAGGACUGUGGAACAAUUUGAAAGACUCGGCUGCAUUCCGACGUCGCAAACUGACCGAAGCUGUGGAUUACCACCAGUUCUUCACCGACGCCGACGAUGUCGACACCUGGAUGCUGGAUAUUCUCCGUCUGGUCUCGUCGGAAGAUGUUGGUCGUGACGAAGGCAACGUUCAGCUUCUACUUCGCAAACACAAGGACGUGACUGACGAGCUCAAGUCGUAUCAAACCACAAUUGACUCUCUGGGACUGCAAGCCAAGCAACUCGGUGAAGACUACCGAGACGCUGCUGAAGUCAUUGAUCGGUUGCAGAGCAUCGAAAGACGCUACAGCGAACUCAUGGAAUUGUCCCAACUGCGCAAACAGCGUCUUCUGGACGCUCUGUCCUUGUACAAGUUGCUAUCCGAAGCUGAUGGAGUCGAACAAUGGAUUGGAGAGAAGGAGAAAAUGCUGGACACUAUGGUCCCGGCUCGAGACAUGGAAGACGUGGAGAUUCUUUUGCAUCGCUACGAAGGAUUUGACGGCGAGAUGAAUGCGAAUGCGUCUCGCAUGAAUGUGGUGAACCAACUCGCGAGGCAAUUACUCGAUGUGGAACACCCGAACUCGGACGAGAUUUCGCAGCGUCAAGAGAGCUUGAACAAACGCUGGGCGGAUUUGCGAGAGAAGGCGGAAGUGAAGCGAGAGGAACUGAACGCAAACCAUUGGUUGCAAACGUUCCAUAUCGAAUGCCGCGAGUCUUUGGCUUGGAUCGAGGACAAAAAGAAGAUUCUUCACUCCACGGAGGAGUUGGGUACGGAUUUGACGGGCAUCAUGACUCUGCAGCGCCGUUUGAUGGGAUUGGAACGAGACCUGGCUGCGAUUCAGGCCAAGAUAGAUUCUCUGGAAUCGGAUUCCGCGAGGAUCUCGGAAUUGUUCCCCGAGGAAAAGGACAGGAUCCAGACUGGAUUGGACAGUAUUCGAGGAUCGUGGGGCGAGUUGACGCAGUUGUUGAAGGAGAAGGAUGCGAAAUUGGAAGAGGCUGGAGAUCUGCACAGGUUCUUGCGGGAUUUGGACCAUUUCGGUGCCUGGUUGACCAAGACUCAAAAGGAAAUUGCGUCGGAAGAUACUCCGUCAUCGUUGCACGAGGCAGAAAAGUUGCUGCAACAACACGCUGCUAUCCAGGACGAGAUCGAGAAUUACGCUGAUGAUUAUGACCGUACUAUGGCGUACGGAGAGAAGAUCACUCAGGAAGCGUCGCCGGAGCAGCAACAAGACGCCCAAUGGAUGUUCCUGCGUGAACGCCUGCGCGCUUUGCGACACGGCUGGGAAGAGUUGCAGCAAAUGUGGGACAACCGCCAGGCCUUGCUCACGCAGUCCCUCAACUUGGAAAUGUUCUUGACGAAUGCCAAGCAGGCCGAAGUGCUUCUCUCUCAACAAGAACACGUACUUGCCAAGGAAGAACUUCCUAGCAAUCUGGAGAAGGCAGAAAGCCUGAUCAAGAUGCACGAAGCGUUCCUCACCACCAUGGAAGCCAACGACGAGAAGAUCAACACCGUCAUUCAAUUCGCCCACCGACUUUGCGACGAAGGACACUUCGCUUCUGACAAAAUCGGCAAGAAGGCGGACAGUAUCGCCGAGCGACGCAAUGCAAACCGCGAAAAGGCCUUGGGGCUCAUGGAACGCCUGCGAGACCUUCUCCAACAGCACCAGUUCCUCCAAGACUGCGAAGAACUCGACGAAUGGAUCGUCGAGAAGACGAUCGUUGCCCAAGACGAAAGCUACCGCAGUGCGAAAACCAUCCACUCCAAGUGGACUCGUCACCAGGCUUUCGAGGCGGAGAUUGCGUCCAACAAGGACAGGCUGUUGAGAGUGCAGGAAGCUGGAGAACAAUUGGUGCGAGACAAGCCUGAGUUGGCUGAGAGGAUCCUUCCGAGGAUCGCUGAAGUGGCGCAGAGGUUUGAGGAACUCGAGGACACUACGAAGGAGAAGGGCGAGAGGUUGUUUGAUGCCAAUCGCCAAGCUCUGUAUGAACAAACGUGCGAUGAUAUCGACGGAUGGAUGACCGAUUUGGAGAAGCAAAUCGAGACUGACACCGGCUCUGACUUGGUUUCUGUUAAUAUUCUGAUGCAGAAACAACAGAUGAUCGAGUCGCAAAUGGCCAUCAAAGCGAAACAAGUGGACGAGCUGGAAACGCAAAAAAUGCACCUCGAACGCCUUGUCGCUCCAGACAAGGCCGAAGAAUACGAGGCGAAGAAAGCGAUGGUGGAAGAACGAUUCCAGCGUUUGCAAGGCCCGCUUUCACACCGCAAAACCGAGCUGGAGAAGAAGAAGGAAGCCUUCCAAUUCCGCCGAGACGUUGCGGAUGAAAAGAUGUGGAUUGCCGAGAAGAUGCCGCUGGCCACCAGCUCCAACUUUGGGGACUCUUUGUUCAACGUGUUGAUGUUGCAGAAGAAGAACCAGUCGUUGAAGACGGAGAUUGAUAACCACGAACCGCGGAUUUUGCUCAUUUGCGACAACGGCGGCAAAUUGAUCAACAGCGGCCACGAAUGCGCCGAUGAGUUUGCUUUGUUGAUUGAAGAGCUCAUGAGUGAUUGGCAAGAGUUGCAGGAUGCGGUCGACCAGAGGAAGAGGAACCUCAUCAACUCUGAACGAGGACAACAGUACUUCUUUGAUGCCGCCGAAGCCGAGAGCUGGAUGAGCGAGAGGGAAUUAUACAUGAUGGUGGAAGACCGUGGUAAGGAUGAAGCGUCUGCACAGAAUCUGAUGAAAAAGCACGAGUCGCUUGAAAACGACAUUGAAGACUAUGCCGAAAAUGUUCUGCAACUCGGCAAGACAGCUCAGCAAUUGAUCAACGAAAAUCAUGACGAGAGUGAGAACAUCCAAGUCAGACAGGUGCAAAUCGACAAGUUAUACGCGGGAUUGAAAGAUUUGGCGAAUGAGAGACUUGCCAGGCUGAUGGAAGCUUUGCAAUUGUACACGUUGCACCGAGAUGUUGACGACUUGGAGCAAUGGAUUGCAGAACGAGAGGUCGUUGCUGGCUCUCACGAACUCGGACAGGACUACGAACACGUUUCGAUGCUGCGAGACAGGUUUGCAAGUUUUGCUGAGGAAACUGAGGACACCGGAAAGGAAAGAAUCAAUGGCGUAAAUAAAAUUGCGGAUGAGUUGAUCGGCGCCGGUCAUUCAGAUGCAGCGGUGAUUGCUGAAUGGAAGGACUCUCUGAAUGAAGCCUGGGCUGACUUGCGAGAGCUGAUUGAGACCCGAAAGCAGUAUUUGGCGGCUUCGUGGGAAUUGCACAAGUUCUUCCACGACUGCAAGGACACGCUCGGAAGAAUCAUUGAGAAGCAGAAUUCGAUGUCGGAUGAGUUGGGACGUGAUGCCGGAUCUGUGUCUGCAUUGCAUCGCAAGCAUCUUAAUUACACUCAAGACCUGUCUACCCUGCAAGCCCAGGUGCAACAAUUGCAAGAGGAUUCAGCGAAUCUGCGAGCGGGCUAUGCCGGCGAAAAGGCGAUGGAAAUUACGAACCGAGAAGCCGAGGUGGUGAAUGGUUGGCGCAGCUUGCAGACCAUGUGCGAAGCGCGGAAACUCAAGUUGCUGGACACUGGCGAUUUGUUCAAGUUCUUCAACCUGGUUCGAGCACUGAUGCUCUGGAUGGAUGAUAUGAUUCGUCAAAUGAACACGUCCGAGAAACCUAGGGACGUGAGUGGGGUCGAGCUGCUCAUGAACAACCACCAGAGUUUGAAGGCAGAAGUUGAUGCGCGAGAAGACAAUUUCACUGCUUGCAUCUCCUUGGGGAAGGAACUGCUUUCGAGGAGCCAUUAUGCGUCCGAAGAGAUCAAAGAGCGUCUCGUGGUUUUGACAAACCAACGAAACGUUAUGCUGCACCGUUGGGAGGAGCGUUGGGAGCAUUUGCAGCUGAUCCUGGAAGUUUACCAAUUUGCCAGAGAUGCUGCCGUGGCUGAAGCUUGGUUGAUUGGUCAGGAACCAUAUUUGUUAAGUCAAGAGUUAGGACAUACGCUGGACGAAGUGGAGAACUUAUUAAAGAAACAUGAGGCGUUUGAAAAAUCGGCUGCUGCGCAAGAAGAGAGGUUUGCUGCGUUGCAGAGACUGACCACGUUCGAAAUCAAAGAAAUGGCUGCCAGGCAGAAAGAAGAGCAAGAGAUGGAGGAAAGGCGUAUUCAGGAAGAAAUGAUGCGCAGGGAAGUUCCUCCACCAGAGCCUGAACCUAUUCUUGAAGAAAGUGUUGAUGGAGCGAUGGCUGUUGCACCACAAUCCGCCAAGAAAGAACAACGCGAAGCUGCUGGACGACCCAAGAAAGUUAUUGCUUCUCCCACGUCCCCGCCGAGUGUGCCGACGACCACUCGGGCUAUCGCUGCUCCACCAAAGAAAGACGCGAAGCGAGACAAGAAGGACAGGUCGAGGAGUAAGUCUCCGUUUAGAAGCUUUCGGUGGAAAAAGUCCAAGCCGGCGCAGACGACCGGCGGGAGUGCCAGCGAUGACGAGGAGAACAUUGACGCUGUCAGAGGUACUAUAAAUAAAAAAGUUACACUUUCGACG